CAAACCAUUACUUCCUCUCUCUCUCUCUCUCUCUCUCUCUGUAAACAUUUCCCAACAAUGGCGGAUUAUGGUGGUGCAAUCUCUCUUUCCCAAGGCCUAGACCUCUCUCACACCUCAGACGAUGAGUCCUCUGAGCACAGCCCUCGUAGCAUGCCUACUCUCUCUACACCCACACCACCUAAUCCUGGCUCAUCAUCCUCUUCCAAGCCCAAGAGAAAAAGCACCACAACUCUUUGUGUCACCGAGUUUGGAUCAACCCCAGAAGUCUCAAAGAAACCCAGAGGCAGACCAGCUGGGUCCAAAAACAAGCCCAAACCUCCCAUUGUCAUCACCAAAAACAGUGACUCCGCCAUGAAACCUGUCAUCCUCGAGAUCUCCGCUGGCAACGACGUCGUGGAGACUCUCAUUCAGUUUGCUCGCAAAAGACACGUUGGUAUCAGUGUCCUAAGCGGUUCAGGCUCCGUGUCCAACGUGACACUUAGACACCCCGCCGUGCCACACGCUCCAAGUCUUUCCCUUCAUGGACCCUUUAACCUCCUUUCUCUCUCGGGUUCAUUUCUUGGUUAUUCAACAACAUCUUCUACUAAACCACCCUCUUCUUCAUCAUCAUCAUCUCCUUCUUCUUCUUUUGUUUCCAUUUCUUCUUUUGGUAUAUGUCUUGCAGGGGCACAAGGGCAAGUGUUUGGAGGGAUUGUUGGUGGGAAAGUUAUUGCGGAGAGUUUAGUGGUUGUGAUGGCUGCAACAUAUACCAACCCCGCGUUUCAUUGUCUUCCUAGUGAUGACAUUGAUGAAGCUCAUCAUGAAGAGGUUAAGCCUAACAUUGAUUCUGGCGGUGGCGGUGGUGGUGGUGGUGGUGCAAAUGCAAACGCUAGGGAGACUUGCACUACUAACAGUACAAAUGCUAUGUCCAUGUCUAUCUACAGUACUGUAGGUAGUACAAGUCCAACCCCUCUCAACUGCAUUGCUCCUGAUGCUAUGCCUUGGGGACCCACCUCUCGUCCUCCUUAUUGACUUAGAUCAUAUGAUAUAUAACAUGCAAAAUUCAAACAUUUACUAUUGUAGUUUUGUUAAUUAUUCUCAGUUUAUUGUGGUUAGUUGGAUCUAUUGGAGGUAAUGUGAAAUGGGUUUCGUUUUGCCAGCUGCAA